AAAAAAAGCACGCAGGCUGUUGUAAUAGCUUCGACCAAUGAGAUUGCAUAUUGCCUCAGCCAAUCGCGUUGAGGGAAAAGAUGAAGCUUGCCUGCCAUGGAGUAUUAUGCUCUUUUCCAACAGUGUAACUGGUCUCAGUUUAAAACGCCUCUAUGUUUAGAGCAAGUUGGUUUAAUUAACUGAAACUUAACUACAUUCGUCUCAAAUACCAAUCAGUAUUCAUUUUCCACUCUCAAUUGCGUAAUCACUUACCAAUUUAAACUAUUAUUUCGAAAAAUUCCUUAAAAAAAAAGAAGAAAAUUGGUCGAUGAUCAAUAUUUAAAUCGGUCUUUCCUGCUGUCGAGUUCAUUUUAAAAACGGAGAAUUUUGGCAGACAGAGUUGCAGUUGAGAACUCCUGUUGUGCUUCGCUUGACCAUCCAUCCGCAAACAUCUCCUAGUUCCACACAAGGCUGACAAAGUGAUGCUAUGACGCUGGCCAUUCAAAUUGCAUCUGAUUUUGCUUCAAACGAACCUGAAACAUUAACCGCGAAUCAAAAUCAGUUUUCUCCUGGAUUUGGACUGGAACGCGGAGACUUCAGCAUGGAAACACAGCUUCUCGGAUUGUCUAAUUCUUCGCCCGUUAAGAAGGCCUCCAAAUUUUCAGUAGCUUCCCUCAUCGGUGGAUCUCUCGAUGAAAGUUCAAAAUCUUCGAAAUCUCCGCCAGCCAGAUCAUUUUCCAAGAGAAAUGACGUCACUGACCAUCCUAAUAAGCAAGAAGCCGAUGACUCAGAGUUCGAGGACGAUACUGACGUCAUUGUGGACGAUUUGGACGAGUCUGAAAAACCCAACCUGAGUCUGGAAGCUAGUCGGAGUGGAAUUGGAAACGAGAAAGAAGGCAGCUCGGAUGACGAAGAUGCUGGUGAGUUUUAG